GUAGGGUUUUUCAUUGGAUGAUAAAGGUUUUAGGCCAUCAUACCCAGCGUAAUCAAGAGUCAAAGUGCAACAAGGAAGCACAUUCACAAUGGAGGCGAUCGGAAUGUUUGGAAAAACUGCUCAGUUUGCAGGAAAAGUUUCCCAGUUGAAUAAUGUUCUGGGCAUGGAUAAUCAUAAAGAUGAUAGUUCUAUAAUGAGUAAGGAAGCAGACGAAGAGGAACCUAUGUCAAGAAAGGAGAAGAAAAAACUGGAGAAGCAAAAACUAGAAGAACAGAGGAAAUUAGAGGAAAUGAGAUUAAAGAAAGAGGAGGAAAGAAAUAAAAGGCAGUCAGUUAGAGCUCAGAUGAGAAACCAGAUCAGAGAGAAGUACAAUCUAAAGGAGAGCGAAAAAGACCUUUAUCUUGCAAAAAGAGCCAGUGCACCUCCACAAGUUGCAAUUCCUGAAUCAGCAACUGUUGUCACUAAAGUGGAGUCAAAGUACAAGGUAGUGACACCUCCUACAAUGGCACCUGCUGAACACCACACUGUACCAGAACAAGAGGCCACGCAAGGUACCAACUCCAAGAAGGAUUGUGUUGUUAUGUAAAUAAGGAAAACUAGGAACGAAAAACUGGAAAAACUUCCAAAUUGUGAUAUCUUCUCCACUAAUUAUCUGCAUCAUCACCGUGUGCAGGUUACUACUAUGGCUCAUAGGGUCUAUGUCCCCCAGGGUACUGCCGGAACGUACCCUGGGUACGGUCCGGUAU